AUGGGAUCAAUUGGGUACAAAGUGUCGGAUGACCUAUACGCUCAUCCUUUGAUAUCGGAAAGAGCAAUCGACGAGCCGAGGCCACUCAAAGUCAUUUAUAUCGGUGCUGGUGUCUCAGGAAUCUGCGCCGCAAUCCAGUUUCCCAAGUUCUUACCAACAGUGGAACUUGCAAUCUAUGAGAAGAACCCAGAUGUGGGAGGUACCUGGUUUGAGAAUAGGUACCCCGGGUGUGCCUGUGGCACAGAUAUUCCUGCUCAUUCAUACCAACUGAGCUUCGAGUCAGAAGUUCACUGGAGCAAAUUCUACGCUGACGCUCCAGAAAUCCUCCAGUACUGGAGAAGGGUCGCAGAAAAAUACGACGUCAAGAAAUACAUGAAAUUCAGCCACAAGUGUGUAGAAGCUCGAUGGAAUGAGGGAACCUCGAAAUGGCACGUCAAGUUCCAAAGAUUAGACACCGAUGAGGUUGUGGAGGACAUCGGCGACGUCUUCAUGACCGGCAUUGGUGUUCUCAACGAAUGGAAAUGGCCAGACAUCAAAGGCCUCCACGACUUCAAGGGGAAGCUGCUCCAUAGCGCAAACUGGGAUUCUGAUUACGACAUAUCGGGCAAGGAUAUUGCAGUUAUUGGCGCCGGCAGUAGUGGUAUUCAGAUCGUCGCCAACUUGCAGCCCAAAGUCAAAUCCAUGGACCAUUAUGUGCGUGGUCGGACGUGGAUCGCGGCGUCAUUUGGCAAUGAACUCGUUCGGGAGCGGAAUGAUGGACAGGAUGGGAAUUUUGAUUACACUCAGGACGAAAUGGAGGCUUGGGAAAAAGACCCCGAAUCCUACGUCAAGUAUCGCAAGGCCCUCGAAAUCGGCAUGCAAGGCUGCUUUGCUCUGACGCACCGGGGAACCAAAGAGCACGAAGGCGCGUGGUCAGUAUUCAACCAAGACAUGAGGAAUCGGUUGGAAAAGAAACCAGAGAUUGCGGAACACCUCAUCCCCGAAUUCCCACCUCUCUGCAAGCGACUCACUCCUGGUCCUGGAUAUCUUGAAGCCCUGGUUGCCGACAACGUCAACGUGAUCCCAACCAAGGUCUCGCAUAUCGAUGAGACCGGUAUCGUGACUACUGAUGGGAAACAUAGGCCGGUCGAGGCGAUCGUCUGUGCCACGGGCUUCGACACGUCUUUCCAAGGUCGGUUUCCCAUAUAUGGGCGUGGCGGAAUCAACCUUCAAGACCGCUACAAAGAACGGCCGGAAACAUACCUCAGUCUUUGCACCGACCAGUUCCCCAAUUUCUUCCAGUCACUUGGCCCCAAUGCUGGUGUAGGCAACGGCAAUCUCCUGAUCAUCAUCGAAGCCAUCGCAAACUAUGUCGGGCAAAUCCUCCAGAGACUUGGACAAGGAAACACCAAGACAAUUGAGCCCAAGAGGAAAGUUGUGGAGAACUUUACGAAUUACUGUGAUGCCUUCUUCAAGCGCACGGUCUUCUCGGCCGAAUGCGGGAGUUGGUACAAGUCGUCACCUCCAAAUGCGACAGCAGAAGAGCGAAAGCGAGGUCGAGUGACCGCCUUAUGGCCCGGGAGCAGCAUCCACGCCGUCAAGGCGCUUGAGAAGGUGCGGUUCGACGACUUUGAAAUGACUCCGGCUGAUGGAAACGAAUUUGGAUGGUUCGGCGACGGAUGGGCGGCGGCGGAGAGGGCGGGCGACGUCGAAGGCUUGACAUGGUAUCUAAACAACACUCGCUUCACACACGAGCCGUUGGAAAAGGGCGAGAAAUUGAUAGUGACCGAGGACAAGGUCGUGACAACAAACGGAGAUGGCGAGGGGGUCAACAAGGACGAAAUCGCAAAAGAGUUUCGAGUGCCUGACGGGAUUGUUGCAACGUAA